AGUACAAUCAGGGGUUUUCUCUACAACCCAUUCGUAUGAUUGGUUAAUCUCUCAGGAAGUCGGAGCGGGCGACGUAUAUGUGCAUGCAUAUAUCGAUUGUACACAUACGUUACUAGUGACAUUCUGAUUAAUGUUCACAUUUUCUAUGUGAAAAAACAGCACAUUUCGAAUUCUUCUUGUGCAUUGCGUCCUUUUCAAUCGAAGGAAACUGUCAAUAACCUAUCUUAAACCAGCGUAACCUCAAACACGCGUUGGUAUGAUAAUUCACUUUCGGCCCCGAUCGGCCCGAGGAACCUGACGAGCAAAUGAAAAUUUAAACUUGUUUCGAUUCGAUCAGCCAAUAAAAUCAAAUUGAUGGAAAUAGCCAUACCGUAAAAAAAGAGAAAAAAAAAUAGGAAACAAUUAUUGGGUGCUUGCGCACCUGACGUAUGCUCUUUAACAGUUUCCUCAGAAUUUCACAGUAUUGUCAACCCGACGGUCAAUUACACAGGAUUAGAAAACAAGAGAAGUAGAAAUUCAUAUUUUAUAACUUAUGCAAACGUGAAUUUCAUUGUGCCGAAGAUACGAGAAGAGCAAAGUCCGAGAUAGCAAGGCUGAGAUGGAUUAUUUGAAAGACGUUGACGGGACUCGUACAUAAACUUAGAAGCACGAGAUUUCACAGAGUUUUGUCACCUAAGGCAUGCAUGACCUUGAAUUCAUUAAUGAAUCAUUAAUGAAUUUUUAUAUUCAAAUGUAAUAGAAAUCUAGAGAAGACCUUCAGCCAGAUUAACUAUGAGAUAUUUAUUUUGGAUUUGGGGAUCUCUUAUGCACGUGGCCAUCCUCUGGGGCGUUUUGGAUGUCAAUUUUCAUUCACCCGUGCUGAAAGGUCUACCGCCAAUACAAUUGCCUUCGGCUCCGCCGGCAAAGAGAUUGGUAUUAUUUGUAGCCGACGGGCUGAGAUUCCGUACCUUUAUCGAGGACCCACCGCCAUACCUGAUUAGGAUAAUGACUGAACGAGGUACAUGGGGAGUUUCGAGGACCAGAAUGCCAACAGAAUCUCGACCUGGGCACGUGGCGCUCGCUGCUGGUUUGUAUGAGGAUCCUAGUGCACUCUUUAAGGGUUGGAAAGAGAACCCUGUGGACUUUGAUUCUGUGUUUAAUCGGAGCCACCAAACAUGGGCUUGGGGUAGCCCCGACAUCAUACCUAUGUUUGUCAAAGGAAGUGGAGACAAAGUGCAGGGGAAAAGCUAUCCUGCCAACUGGCAGGAUUUUGAUGGAAAUUCGGAAGGCAUAAUUCGUUUAGAUUCAUGGGUAUUUCAAGAGGUUUACCAAUGGUUAACGGAUAACGAACCAGAGACUAAAUAUUUGGAUCGCAUCAUCUUAUUUCUCCAUCUUCUUGGUUGUGAUACAGCUGGCCAUGCAAAUAAACCAUAUUCCAGGGAGUAUCGUGGAUGUGUGACUUAUGUCGAUCGGGAGAUUGAGAGACUUGUUCGGACGGUCGAAGAGCACUAUGGUGACAAUCGCACGGCGUAUGUUUUUACAUCUGAUCAUGGAAUGACAGACUGGGGUUCUCACGGAAGCGGUUCUCUGGACGAGACCGAAACCCCUCUAGUUGUCUGGGGUUCCGGUGUAAAUUCACUCAAGAAACAAGUAGACGUGGAACAGGCAGACAUCGCGCCAUUAAUAUCAUCUCUACUAGGAAUUCCAAUUCCGGUCAACAACGAGGGUGUUUUACCCAUGAAGUAUCUGAGAGAUGAGAAUGCAGCGUAUACAGCGGGUGCUUUAAUAGCCAAUCUCAAACAACUGAAACACCAGGUGAGGGGAAACCGAGUGCUCAGUCACGGAUCCGAUAGCGAGCCACACCUAAGGGAAACAAGUCUUUCUCAGGGAAUUCACCGAGCCGAGUAUCUCUUGACAGCUGGCAAGACAAUGGAAGCGAUAAACGAAGGAAAAGGACUAAUGUCGCUUGCCAAGGAAUCUCUUGUUUAUUUUCGCGAGUAUCACAGAGGUCGGCUCAUGUUUUAUUUGACAAUUUCAUGGCUGGGAUGGAUCAUGCUGCUCUUUCUCAAAAUCACUAACACCUCGCUCGAUGAGAAUCGCCCAAAAUUGGUAUUACUCUGGGAUGUCCUGUUCGUGUGCACCUCAAUCCUUCUCUUUAUUGUGCACAGAGGUACAAGUGGAUGGCGUUUGCAAGGGUAUGCAUUAUUGGCACUGCUUUCUUCAUGGCUUGCCACUCGAAGUUUCAGCGCUAACCCUUGUCCAUCGUUCCGUGGCGGAUGGUAUUGGAUAGGUUGUACGAUUUCUUUGACGUCGAUUAUGUCCUUUGGAUUAACGAUGAGGUGGAUAUUCGGAGCAGCGACUCUGUGUAUGUGCGCGAUACAGGGUGUUCUCUUCAAGGACGCGGAUCGUUUUCUUCCCUGGACAACAAUCGUUUUGGCCGCCUUUCCGCUACUACCGACCGUAGGCCCCGACACACAGACACAUCUCGUCUUGCUGGCCUUGGUUAUUGGAGGAAUGACAGUGAUUACCGCCGACGAUCGUCACAUGAAUAUUUCUCUGAAGGCCGUGGAAGGUGUAAGACUUACAACAACAGCCUUAAUAUCUUCGGGACUCGUGGAUGGUCGAAGCCUCUUGUCCUGGCUAAUAUUAAUCUCUACGCCGUUGUGCAUAUGCGCUUAUCCGGUUGAAGUCAAGGGUAGAAUAUUUGGAGUAAGUUUGGCAUUUUUACCAACCCUUGCCUUACUCUCCGUAUCGUAUGAGCCACUCUUUCUUAUCGCGUUGACGGGUCAUCUUCUUUGUUGGCCUAUGACUACUGACAAACUUUGUAAAAUGUGGGGAUUCAAGAAGAAGGAAACCAUCAGCGUGAAAGACUUUUUGGUGGCUGGAUUUUUCGUAUCCUUUUACCUGCUGUAUGAGAUGCUGUACGUGCUACUGGGGUUCUUUGGUACUGGAAACAUAGCAAGCAUUAGUUCGUUCGACCCAACAUGGACAAGACAUUUUCUUACAGUAUUCUCGCCAUUCACCAUGUGUACUCUGAUCGUCCUGAAGACCAGCAUUCCACUAUUGGUUGUUGGGUGUGGUAUCAGGACCCUUGCACCGUCGAACCUUUUCAUGACGACAAUCCUCCUUGCCGAUUGUCUAACACUGCAAGUCAUGCAUACGGUUACACCCCGAGGUAGCUGGAUGGACAUUGGUAGUGCGAUUAGCAGAUUUGUAAUCGCAAUGACGUUACCUUGUCUGAUGCUACUUCUUUAUCAUAUUUCGCGUCUCCUGAUGACGUAUAGUGUGUGGAAAAUCGACCAUUCUCAGAUUAAGCAACAUGUAUAGGAUUCAUAAUAUCAUGUUACAGUACAGUAUGCAGUACAUACAAGUGCACCAACCAAAGUAUUAUUGUAUUGAUAAUAUAAUAUUAGAGAUACGUAUUUCAGUA